GGGGGAGGUGAGGGCCCCAUUGCUGAGAGGGGGUAGGGAAGGGGAGGUGCUUGUCCAUUUAUAGGCUUGCUCUUUGGGAUGCUGAAGGUGCUGAAAUAGCAAUGACAGGGGACUUGGCUCCGUGUUAAAUAUCUGCCGAGCUGCCUGAAAGACUCUGAAAUGACAAUAGGGAGAAUGGAGAACGUGGAGGUCUUCACUUCUGAGGGUAAAGGCAGGGGUCUGAAGGCCACUAAGGAGUUCUGGGCUGCGGAUGUCAUCUUCGCUGAGCGGGCUUAUUCCGCAGUGGUUUUUGACAGCCUUGUUAACUUUGUGUGCCAUACCUGCUUCAAGAGGCAGGAGAAGCUUCAUCGCUGUGGACAGUGCAAGUUCGCCCACUAUUGUGACCGCACCUGCCAGAAGGAUGCUUGGCUGAACCACAAGAACGAGUGUUCGGCCAUCAAGAGAUAUGGGAAGGUGCCCAAUGAGAACAUCAGGCUGGCAGCCCGCAUCAUGUGGCGGGUGGAGAGAGAGGGCACUGGGCUCACAGAGGGCUGCCUGGUGGCUGUGGAUGACCUGCAGAACCACGUGGAGCACUUCGGGGAGGAGGAGCAAAAGGAGCUGCGGGUGGACGUGGACACUUUCUUACAGUACUGGCCGCCCCAGAGCCAGCAGUUCAGCAUGCAGUACAUCUCACACAUCUUUGGCGUGAUUAGCUGCAAUGGCUUCACACUCAGUGACCAGAGAGGCCUGCAGGCAGUGGGUGUGGGCAUCUUCCCCAACCUGGGCUUGGUGAACCAUGACUGUUGGCCCAACUGCACCGUUAUAUUUAACAAUGGCAAUCAUGAGGCAGUGAAAUCCAUGUUUCACACCCAGAUGAGAAUUGAGCUCCGGGCCCUGGGCAAGAUCUCAGAAGGAGAGGAGCUGACCGUAUCCUAUAUCGACUUCCUUAACGUCAGUGAGGAGCGCAAGAGGCAGCUGAAGAAGCAGUACUACUUUGACUGCACGUGUGAGCACUGCCAAAAAAAGCUGAAGGAUGACCUCUUUCUGGGGGUGAAAGAUGACCCGAAGCCCUCUCAGGAAGCGGUAAAGGAAAUGAUACAGUUGUCCAAGGAUACACUGGAAAAAAUUGACAAGGCUCGCUCUGAGGGUUUGUACCAUGAGGUUGUGAAAUUGUGCCGGGAGUGCCUGCAGAAGCAGGAGCCGGUGUUUGCCGACACCAACCUCUACACGCUGCGGAUGCUGAGCACUGUUUCGGAGGUCCUCUCCUACCUCCAGGCCUUUGAGGAGGCCUCGCACUACGCCAGGAGGAUGGUGGAUGGCUAUAUGAAGCUCUACCACCCCAACAAUGCCCAGCUGGGCAUGGCCGUGAUGCGGGCAGGGCUGACCAACUGGCAUGCUGGGAACAUUGAGGUGGGGCACGGGAUGAUCUGCAAAGCCUAUGCCAUUCUCCUGGUGACACAUGGACCCUCCCACCCAAUCACCAAGGACUUAGAGGCCAUGCGGAUGCAGACGGAGAUGGAGCUGCGCAUGUUCCGCCAGAACGAGUUCAUGUACCACAAGAUGCGUGAGGCCGCCCUGAACAACCAGCCCAUGCAGGUCAUGGCAGAGCCCAGCAAUGAGCCAGCCCCGGCUCUGUUCCAUAAGAAGCAAUGAGGACCGGUCUGGUGGGGGAGGGGCACUGUGGCUGGGGACCCGGGGAGACGUUCUGGAGGUGGUAGGUUUCUGGGAAGACCCUUGAUGAGGAAGUCGGGGUCAUGUUCACGCUUGUUGCUGUGGGAGUAUACUGCUCUAUGUUCCUAAGUUCAUUUUGGUCCAUUUAAACUCAGUUCGAUUCAGUUGAACUCUACCCCAGCCCAGCCUAGCCUAGCCCAAUUUAUCCUGUAAAUAUUUAUUGGGUGGUAGACCCAAGGGAUAAAGAGGCUUCAAAUGUAGCUGGGCAGCCAAAAUGUAAACAAUUAAAGCACAGUAUAAUAAUAAAUGCAAUCGUAAACUAUAUGGGGGGGGGUGCAGUGGAGGGCAUGUGGCUGUUGUGCGUGUGUGUGUGUGUGUGUGUGCAUGCGUGUGUGCGUGUGUGUGCGCACACGCAUUUGGAGGAGUGUCAUGGAGGAGAUGAUAUUUGAGCUAAGAGGGUGGCAGGUGCAAAGAGUCUCAGGUGACUGCUGACACACCUGUGCAGGUAUCUCAGGGACUGCUGGUCUUACUCAUGGUCUGGAAUACUCAGGUUUUGUCCGACUAGGAUGGAUGAUGUCUAGUUUCCUCAGAUUAGUGUGGGAUUAUAAAGAAGGGGUGAUGUUUGGGCCAUUUGAGUUCUACUCAGAGAACCAAAACCUCUUAGUAAAUAUGAGAAUGAGAUGAAUGUGCAGAAAUAGGUGGGGCUUUGCCCAAACCACUCAAGGCCUCAGUUUAAAGUCUGGAUUCCAAGUAUUAUUCUGAAACUAUUUCUAAAACACACAGAGGGAGUGUCUCCCCCCACCCAUCCUCACUGUCAAGCCUUGAUUCCCUGUGAUGUGGGUGCUACUUGAACAAUAUCUGAGAUUUUAUUGGCCACUGGUCAACCAGGACUGAAGUCUUAGCAGGGUGAAGCUGAAGGAGAAACUUGGAAGUACACAUACCUGAUGGUCAUGGGUUCAGCAGAAUUGGUUUGGGGAGGUUUUAUUUGGUUACAUGUGCCUGGAUAGUCUUUACUGGCUUAGGCGUCAUCAUAGGUCCCGAGCAAAUUUCUAUUCCUGGUAAGGAAUAAUUAUGAUUUCUCUGCUUAAUUUCUCUCACUGCCCAUCCCCUGAGGCCUCUGCAAGUCUCACCAGGGGGAAAGUCUAAUCCGGACUCUGCAUGCCUAGGUUAGGAUCUCCCUGGGGACGUGACUGACUUGUCAUCAUUUCCUGGUGGGAGGUUGCUAUGGUUUCCACCCAAGAGUUAGGGUCUUGGGAUCAGCCAAAUCUAGUUGUCCCAUUACCUUCUGGGGUCCUAAACUUCUCACCAAGGUUUUGGGGGAAUCCUGGAGCAAAGCUAUCCAUUUGGGGAGUGUCACCAACUCUUCUAUACCACCUGGGGCCACCCUUGACCCCAGAGCUCUAACCAUCUGGAAGCGGUGCCACCAGGCCCCAUAUUUGUCAUCUCUGCCUAAAGUGUUGGUUCCUCCAUUCCUACUUUUUCAUCCUCAAAACCACCCACUGCCUCCCUCUUAGCCUUUCCAGUGGCUCUGCAAAUAUGCCAAAAAACUGUCCAAAAGCUCUGUGAAUGUGCUACGUCUUUGCACAAUAUUCAUGUCUGGCAUUUGGCUCUUCUUCAAGGAUACCCCCUUCUCUAGAAGCUUUCACAGGAAGAUUGGCCAUUCUUCCAAGCCUUCAUACCAACAGACCUACAGAUGGCACCAGCAUUCUUCCAGGGGCCCAACUGCACAUUGAAAUAAUCGCUUUUCUGCCUCCUAUAAAACCUGCCCCCCACCCACUACCCUUCUCUGUCACUGUCGUCUGCCAUUCUGCCGGUCAUGCUCCCAUGUUCAUGGUCUUAUUUUCCACCCCCUCUGCCUCAAAUUUGGUGUCUUCAAUGUCCUCUCACAAAAAUCAUCUAAUCCUCUUGCUUCACAGAUUCUUUAUUUACUCAAUUACAGAUAUCUUUCCAGUUUUUCCAUUAGCACCCUCUCCUGACCAUAGUUUCUCCAUUUUUAUUUUAUUUUAUUUUUAAGUAAACUCUAUAUGCAGUGUGGGGCUUGAACUCACAACUCUGAGCUCAAGAGUCACAUCCUCUACUGACUGAGCCAGCCAGGCGCCUCAAUUUCUCCAUUUUUGAUGUUUAAUUUUCUGGUCAUUGCUUCCUACCUUUUCGCCUCUCUUUUUUCUCCACCCCAGAUUACUAUAUGACAUGUAUACUGGAGUGUUUCACCCUGCUACUUUCUUUGCUUCCUUCCAAAUAAGCUUCUGCCCGUUGUCCCUUUCUGCCUGGCAGAGUCUCAACCCUGGAUUAAUUUGGCUGUCUUGUUUUCUGUCUGCUGCUCCUGGAGAUGCUAAGAACAGUCAGGGAGAACAGUGGCUCUCUGAAAACAUGCACUUCUACAGACUCCUUGCCAACCUCAGCUGGCCUUUGGGCGCAGCCCAGAAGUCUUUCAUGUGCUCUUCAUUGGCUGUCUCUCCCUUUUGCCCAGUAGCUAUUUGAGGCCUUCGCUCCUGUCCUCGAGUCCUCUGCUUUCAGCAGAACCUCAUCUCCUGCUUCAUGGAGAAACAGAGGCCAGAAGAUGGGACUCCCUCAAUCCUCUUCCCACAUUCAUGCACGUCUUGUCUGUGCUUGACCUUCUUUUCCUCCUUCCCACAUUCGUGGAACGGGAGCCCCUCUCCUCCCACAAAGCUAACUCUCCACCUGUGCUGUGGACUUCUUCUCCUCUGAUGUCCUCAGGGCCUUGCUUCACCUUUCAUUCCCUCACCACCAUGGGUCCUUGACAUUCCUCUGUCCACUGCCUUCUUCAAUGCCGUCAACAAACGUGCUGAGGGCUCUUUGAUCAUAAUCUUCACAGCCGAGUAUUUUUUUUAAUGUUUAUUUAUUUUGAGAGAGAGCGCGCAAGCAAGGGAGGGGCAGAGACAGAGGGAGAGAGAGAGAAUCCCAAGCAGGUUCCAUGCUCAGUGCAGACAGAGCCCAACAUGGGGCUCAAUCUCACGAUCAUAUCAUGACCUGAGCAGAAAUCAAGAGUCAGACACUUAACUCAGGAGCCCACUGAGUACUUUUUUUUAAAGGAUUUAUCUCUCAGGGCACAUGUGUGUCUCAGUCAGUUAAGUGUCCUACCCUUGAUUUUGACUCAGGUCAUGAUCUCAUGGUUUGUGAGAUCGAGCCCCGCAUCAGGCUCUAUGCUGACAGCGUGGAGCCUGCUUGGGAUUCUCUCUCUUCCUCUCUCUCUGCCCCUGCUCCCACUUGCAUGCUCUCUCUCUCUCAAAAUAAAUAAGUAACCAUUAAAAAAAAUAAAAGACUUGUCUCUCAUAGUUCUUCUCUGCCUUUCUUGACUUCUCAUUUGUUCCUGAACCCACUGCAGGCUGGCUUCCUGAACUCCACUGAAAUGGCUCAUACCAAGCUGGACUCUGGGGGGGCGGGUACCUUAGUCUGUAUAUUAUUUGGUCUCUCUACACCAGUUGACAUUCCCAGCCCUUGAUAUCUGGAUACCACUUCUUGUGAUGAUCCUCUGGUGUGGUUUCUCUUCUUCCCUGACCCCAUUGCUCUACCUGCCCCGGAAGCAUUGACGUAUUUCCUGGGAUUGGGUUUGUUCCUUCUGGUCAUUCUUGGUCCGUGCUCAACUUGCUUUGCGCACUCCCUGCAUGAGCCCAGCCAGGCCUUUUGUUUAAUCACCACCUUGAGGCUGAGAGUGUUAAAUCUGUAUUCCCAGACCUUGCUCUUGAGCUCCAGCCCCACAUACCCCCUCGAAUGUUGUCCAGGCACACCACCCUCGGCACAUCCAAAACGAAACUCUUUCUCUUUCCUUUCUCCCCUCCCCCACAUCUGCCCCUCAGACUGACUUCUGCUCUAGCUACUUGCUUCCACUGCAUCCUAGACUCCAGUCAAACCCACUCACUCCUGGGUCCCUGAGUGACCCAUGUUCUCCUGGGCCUCUCUUUGAAUUUUGAAACAUUCUAUCUAAAAUAUCUGAAACCUGCCAACUCCUAUUCAUCUUUCAACAUCCGGUUAGGAAAUCACCCCUUCUGUGAAGCCUUCCCUGAGUGCCUUGGAUUCUGCUGGCUGCCUAUCUCAGUCUCUCACAUCACCCUCGAAUCCCCCACCAUCGCACUGUCCUCAUGACUAAUAAUUGCCUUUUUCCUUGUCUGCCUCCUCCAUCAGAUUGUGAGCUCCUGGAGGGCAGGAGCUGUGUCCCUUUCUUUGUCUUUCAAUCCCCAGAACCUGGCACAGGCCCUGGGACUAGGUGCUCAGUUAAUAUGUGUUGAAUGAAUGAAU